CCCCUUCAAGGCCGUCGUCACCCCGGUCUUUGACCCCAACAAGGUGACGGCCAGCGGCCCCGGGCUGGAGCGCGGCAAGGCGGGCGAGGUGGCCACCUUCAUGGUGGACUGCUCCAAAGCCGGCGAGGCCGAGCUCACCAUCGAGAUCAUCUCGGAGGCCGGGGUGAAAGCGGAGGUGCUGAUCCAGAACAACCACAACGGCACCUACACCAUCACCUACACCCCGGCCUGCGCCGGCGCCUACACCAUCACCAUCAAGUACGGGGGACACGCCGUGCCCAAAUUCCCCGUGCACGUCACUGUGGAUCCGGCUGUCGACACCAGUGGAGUCAAGGUCUAUGGGAAAGGAGUGGAGCCGCGAGGGGUGCUGCGCGAGGUGGGCACCGACUUCACGGUGGAUGCGCGGGCACUCACCAAGACAGGGGGACCCCACGUCACCGCGCGGGUGCUCAACCCCUCGGGUGCCAAGACCGACACCUUCAUCACCGACCUCGGCGACGGCACCUACCGUGUGGAGUACACCCCCUACGAGGAUGGCGUGCACCGUGUGGAGGUGGCGUACGAUGAGGUGGCAGUGCCCAAGAGCCCGUUCCGCGUGGCCGUGGCCGAGGGCUGUGACCCCACUCGUGUGCGGGCGCACGGGCCUGGCCUGGAGGGCGGCCUCGUGGGGAAAGCCAAUCGCUUCACUGUGGAGACCAGGGGUGCAGGCACUGGGGGGCUGGGCCUGGCCAUUGAGGGUCCCUCUGAGGCCAAGAUGUCCUGCAAGGACAACAAGGACGGGAGCUGCACGGUGGAGUACAUCCCCUUCACACCGGGCGACUACGAUGUCAACAUCACCUUCGGUGGCCACCCCAUCCCUGGGAGCCCAUUCCGGGUGCCGGUGAAGGACGUGGUGGACCCCAGCAAGGUGAAGUGCUCGGGGCCGGGGCUGGGCCCCACUGUGAGGGCGCGGGUGCCCCAGACCUUCACUGUGGACUGCAGUGCCGCGGGGCUGGCGCCGCUCGAGGUCACCCUGCUGGGACCCUCCGGUCUACCAGAGCCGGUUGAGGUCCGUGACAACGGUGACGGCACCCACAAAGUCAACUACACCCCAUCCACCGACGGGCCCUACACUGUGACCAUCAAAUACGCCGACCAGGAGGUGCCGCGCAG